CAGAGCUUCCUCUCUCUUUCAAUAUUCCACACCCUUGUUCUUUUUGCCUCGCAAGUUCAGAAAAUCUCAGCUGUUCUAAUACCGACAGCAGUAGCAAAGAAGAGGUGAAGCUAAAAUAUGUUAAAAUGAAAAUGUGGCGAAACCGUUCGAUCUACAACCAUUUGAGCACGACGAUGCUUCGAUUAUCUCCUCCUCUUUACUCAUCAACGGUUUCGGCUCUUGUUAGACAAUUCUCCCGCGCAAACCCUUGUCUCGUGUCUCCAGGCUUUCUUCAUCGUCUUUCCACUACAAAAACCCUAAAUCUCCAGAGAAAUGUUAUUCCCUUGAUACUAAACCCUAGAAAUUACAGUUUCAGUUAUAACCAUGCUGUUUUCUUUACUGUUCGAUGCCUCUCAUCAACUCCUUCCGCAAGCACAUUGGACUGGAACGAACCAGUUUCGUGCUCUGAGAUUGGCGAUGGAUAUAACAGCAAAGUAAAUGAGGUUGUAAACGUGGGGGAGACGACGCCAUCCAUUCCUGUUAGAGCUUAUUUUUUCUCCACUAGUGUUGAUUUGAGAAGCUUAAUUGAUCAGAAUAAAGCCAAUUUUAUUCCACCUACUUCUCGUAUGACCAAUUAUGUGGUCCUAAGAUUUGGAGUCACUAAAUUUGAUGCAGAUGGAUCAGAGGCUAGCUUAAGUGGGAGUGACUGCUGUUAUAUGGUAGUUUUUCAAUAUGGGUCUAUAGUGUUGUUUAAUGUACGUGAUCAUGAGGUUGAUGGCUAUUUGAAGAUUGUAGAAAGACAUGCUUCAGGAUUGCUUCCAGAAAUGAGAAAGGACGAGUAUGAGGUGAGGGAGAAGCCAACUUUAAACACAUGGAUGCAUGGUGGUUUGGAUUAUAUAAUGUUGCAGCAUUUGAACAUUGAUGGAAUUCGUACCAUUGGUAGUGUGCUUGGUCAAAGUAUUGCUCUUGAUUACUAUGUUCGCCAGGUUGAUGGAAUGGUUGCUGAAUUUACCGACAUUAAUCGUGGGAUGGAAAAAACUGGCACCUUUACCAUGGAGAGGAAAAAACUUUUUCAACUAGUGGGAAAGGCAAAUUCAAACCUAGCUGAUGUGAUUCUUAAACUUGGGCUUUUCGAGAGAUCAGACAUUGCUUGGAAGGAUGCUAAGUUUGCUCAAAUAUGGGAGUUUCUUCGGGAUGAGUUUGAAUUGACUCAGAGAUUUGCAAGCCUUGAUUUUAAAUUGAAAUUUGUGGAGCAUAAUAUUCGUUUUCUACAAGAAAUUCUUCAGAACAGGAAAUCGGAUUUUCUGGAGUGGCUUAUCAUCAUAUUAAUAGGUGCUGAGAUUCUCAUCUCGGUUUAUGAUAUUGCACAUAAAUCGCUUUAGCCUUUCAAGAUGCUUAAAUCAAAUUGAGUGAGAUUCAGAUUGAAGGUGUAUGGACCCAGAUAGUUGAACCAAGAGGUGCAUGCAAAAUAUGCAAGCUGGACUUAGAGAAGGCACACAACCAUGAUUUUAGGUAUCGGUGUCUGGUCGGCCAUAUCGUACCAGUAAGGCUGAGACUAAUCCUGAUACCUGACCGAUCUGGGAUUGUAUCAGUAUCAGGGGUAAAAUCAUCAAAAUAGCCUAAUUUUUAUGAAAAAGAGGGGUGAUAUUGACUUAUCCAGACCGAUACAGCCGAUCCCGGAUUGGGAUUGUAUCGGUAUCAGCCAAGGCCGACACCAAGAACUAAAUCCUCGCGUACAUCUAACUGGAAUGGGGUGUUUCGAAUGAGGAGAUGAGGGUGGGCUUUGGUGAUAAUGGAGGAAAUGGAUGGAAUGAGGUGUUUCCCUCUCCCCACAGAGUAUUUCCUUGUCCACCCUGUGUUCAAUCUUCUUGUUUCUGGUGCUGGUGGUGGUCACUAACAUAUAGUUAUGCAAGGCUUAAGCUGGGUUUGUAUAGAGGUUCUGGGCCUGAUGGAGUGUUUUUUUUCUCUCUCCAUUUUCCAGAUAUUUAUACUGAAUUGGUCUAACCAAAGACUUGCUUAUAGCAAAACUCGAUUAGUUGAUAGACAAUUGUGAAUUAUAAAAUCUUGGGAAAUUUUCUUGGA